AAGAGUGCAUUAAUUGAAACUCUUUAGUAGAAAAAGCAGUGCAAACCCUUUAUGGGGCAGAGGUCACUUGCAGACACUUUGCUCCACUUUGCAUAUCCAUGCAUGCAUAUCACUUCUUUACAUUAAAUUUUCUAGAAAAAAAAAAAAAAAAGUUAAACUACGUACCUUCAAAUACAAGUGUCAUGAGCUGCUAAUACCACUUUCAGAACUGACCCACCAGGUGUUUGUGAAAAUUUUCCAGAGAUUAUUAUUACUGUUAUGGGUUCAACUCUGGAAGGAAGACCAUGGAGUUGGAAACCAGCUAAGACAUUUUCCACAAAGAAAGAGGUGGAGGUGGAGGAGUAAAGGCUCACAUUCCACUGCAGAAAGCAUUGAAUUCUGGUGUUGAUUCCCCAGUGUUUUGAUACAGAAAACACACUGCUACUUCUAAAUUAGCAAAGAGCAAUAACUGCUCUGUCAUAUAAUAAUGAGAAGCCACCCCCCACACCACAUGACCUCUCUUUAAUAAUUUCACCUCUACCACAACAUAUAUCCAUUAUUGUCUCUCUUCUCCCACUCCUUAUAUUCCUCUCAAAACAUCUCCUUCUAAAUGGGUUAACUUUGUCUAAGGCUCUUGUGCAAUAUUCUUUACACUUUUUUCUGGGUGGGUUUUGGUUCAAGGCUCCUGUGCUUUUAUCAAAUUUGUUGCAAAAAUGAAGGUCUCUGGCUUCUGGGUAAUGUUCUUUGUGCUUUGGGCAACUAUGAUACUCCUUGGCUUCUCUAGCUCCAAAACUGCCUCUAGUCUUCAUGAAAUGCAAGGUGGCGAUGGGUCAACUGUGAUAACAAUAAGCAGAAAGCAGCUGAAGGAGAGUAGUAGUUAUAAGGCAAAGACAAAGAAAGGUAAUGAAGAUGAUGAGGGCACUAUAGAUAUGAAAGAUUACCAACCAAUUGAUCCAGUUCCAAGCUCAAAGGCAUCUAUAAGACCUGGGCCAAUAGAGCAUGGGAGUCCUAUAACCCCAUAUAUCCCAAAGCCUUCUCCUGCUCCUGCUGCUGACCAUCCCAUUCCCACUCCCAUUCCCAAGGGGGGUGGUGGUGGUGGUGGUGGUGGUGGUGGUGGCCACUAAUUGGAAGAAGAUGACUGUUAUGCCAAACACUUUGUUUGUUUUGCUUUGCUUGUAAUUUGUUGUACUUGUGUUGAACAGCUUGUAUAUUAUGAUGCACUGCUGCUACUGAUGACAGUGAACUUAUUUGUGAAUGUUUUGUUCUGUUCUUUGUGUCCAAAUCUAUAAUUGUAAUGAUAUUAUACACAGAAGAAACCAGAACCCCAUCCAUGGCUCAACACUAAUAUGAAUGUUGUUGUUGGUACUUGUAUCA